AUGGCUACAUCCUCCCUCUUGGCUGCCCUGCAGGCCAAAGAUGGCGACAAAUUGCGCCCUGCUUUGUCGAAGAUUUUGAAGGCUGAUGUGGGUCCUAUCCAUCUGGAGCAAUCGGCCGGUGAGCGCUUCACAGGUGGCACCUCCACUCCAGUUUGGAAAUUGCGAUUUGUGGCCAAGCGAGGGGACAAGGAAAAGGAGACUCAUUUGGUCGCCAAGUGGGUGAAACCCAGUACUGAGCUGAGACGAGGCUCGUACCUGAACGAGAGGCAGUUCUACCUCUCUGCGGGCUCGGUGCUGCGCAAGGUCUGUCGCCUUCCGCAUUUGCUGAUGUGUGAUGAAGGCCCGGCCGGCAUCGCCUUUCUUUUCGACGACCUCACGGUGGAUUUUCCGCUCCAUCCAGAUGGCUUGGACCGUCAGCAAGGCCAUGCGACGCUUCGAUGGCUCGCUCGGUUCCAUGGAAGCUUCUGGGAAGCCGAUGCUGCAGGCUCCUCCUUUCCAGCUGGUAUGACAACCCUGGCGGACUACUGGGGGUUGGCAAAAGGUGACAACGAGGAGCGUUUGGCUUCAGUGGCCGGGGCCCUCAAUGCUUCCAGCAAAGUCUUGAAGGCCAAUGGCGUAUGGGAAACAGCCAAGACGCUGGGGCCCCGCUUGGCAGCUGCCGCGCGGCCGCUGGAUGCGGUGUUGCGACGGACCAAGGGCUUUGUGAGACAUCGGACCUUGCUUCACGGCGAUUUCAAGACUGCGAACUUGUUCCUGCGGGACGUCGAGGGUGUGGUGGAGGCUGCCGUGGUGGACUUUGAAUUUGCUGGGCCGGGCUUGGUGGCCGUGGAUCUGGCCAACUUCUUAUUCCCUGACCUGAAGAUGAAUCUUUUGCCAAUGGAAGGAGAGCUACUGGAGUUUUACCAUGCUGAGCUGCUGAAAGCUUUGGAUGAGUUCGGAACGGGAAGCGAUUUCCCGUUGAGCACCUUCCUGGCACAGUAUACCUUAGCACGGUGUGAUUACAUGCGCUACAUGCUGGGCCGUGGAUGGACGGCCUGCAGCGCAGCAGAUGCCGCCAUCAUUCAUGCAGUGGACAAAGACCUCCAGCACUUGGACGGCGGGGAGCUGCUCUCCAGCGAAGGCUACGCAAAGGCGAUCUCGGAUUUGCUUGCAAAGAGUUGA